AUGCCCGCCUCCCUCCUCCCCUCGACCUUCCACCCCCACUACCUGCGCCGCCUCGCUCCCGCCGGUUGCACUACCUCACCCGCAGCCUCCUCCUCGGCCUCCGUCCCAGCGAGCCGCUACGACUUCGAGCCCCUCCUGGCCCACCUCUCGUCCCCCUCCGUAGCGGCCUCCCUCACCUCGCCAUCCCCGCCGGCAUCCGUUCCGGCGCCCGAGCACCGCCUUGCCGCGACUUACUCGGCUGUCCCGUCGCACGAGUGGCAUGCGUUGCUGCGUGACCUCGCCGCCAGUGACGCGUCCCUGCCGGUGGCCUUCGCGCUGCUACCUUUCCUACACCGUCACCGUCUCUGCUUCCCGCUCGACCUCCUCCUCUCGUCUCUCCUACACUCGCUCUCCGUGUCCGGCCGCCUUCUCCCGCACUCCCUCCUCCUCUCCUUCCCGCCGUCGCUCUCCGACCCGCCGUCCCCGCUGCUGCUUAACUCCCUCCUCGCUGCCUCCGCCGCGGCCUCGCGCCCCGCCGUGGCGCUCCGGUUGCUCUCGUUGCUCCGCGAGCACGAUUUCCUCCCGGACCUCGCGUCCUACUCGCAUCUCCUCGCUUCGCUGCUCAACACGCGGGACCCGCCCGACGCCGCGCUGCUCGAGCGCCUCCUCGGUGACCUCAGGGAGUCACGGCUCGAGCCCGACGCGCCGCUCUUCUCGGACCUCAUCUCUGCAUUAGCGCGGGCGGCACUACCGGACGCCGCGCUCGAGCUCCUCGCCUCCGCGCAGGCAAUCGGGCUCACGCCGCGGUCCAACGCGGUCACCGCGCUCAUUUCCGCGCUUGGCUCUGCGGGGCGCGUCGCCGAGGCGGAGGCGCUGUUCCUCGAGUUCUUCCUUGCUGGGGAGAUCAAGCCGCUGACGCGUGCCUACAACGCGCUGCUCAAAGGGUAUGUCAGGAUUGGUUCGCUCAAGAAUGCAGAGCAAGUUCUCGAAGAAAUGUCACAAUGCGGAGUCGCCCCAGACGAGGCCACUUACAGCCUGCUUGUGGACGCGUACACAAGGGCUGGGAGGUGGGAAAGUGCGAGGAUACUGCUGAAGGAGAUGGAGGCUGAUGGAGUUAAACCAAGCUCGUAUGUGUUCAGUCGGAUCCUUGCAGGAUUCCGUGACAGGGGGGAUUGGCAAAAGGCAUUCGCAGUGCUCCGAGAGAUGCAGGCUAGUGGAGUAAGGCCAGAUCGGCAUUUCUACAACGUCAUGAUAGAUACAUUUGGGAAGUACAACUGCCUUGGGCAUGCUAUGGAUGCCUUUGACAGAAUGCGAGAAGAAGGGAUUGAGCCAGAUGUUGUCACAUGGAAUACUCUCAUUGAUGCACAUUGUAAAGGAGGGCGGCAUGACCGUGCUAUGGAGCUGUUUGAGGAGAUGCGUGAAAGCAAUUGCCCACCAGGCACGACCACAUACAACAUCAUGAUAAAUUUAUUCGGAGAGCAAGAACGUUGGGAGGGUGUGGAAGCAAUGCUAUCAGAGAUGAAGGAGCAGGGACUGGUACCCAACAUUAUCACAUAUACUACUCUCGUGGAUGUGUAUGGAAGGUCCGGUAGAUACAAGGAGGCAAUUGAUUGCAUUGAAGCGAUGAAAGCUGAUGGCCUCAAGCCAUCGCCUACUAUGUACCAUGCCUUAGUCAAUGCAUAUGCUCAAAGGGGUUUAGCAGACCAUGCAUUAAAUGUGGUCAAGGCUAUGAAAGCAGAUGGCCUGGAGGUUAGCAUCUUAGUGUUGAAUUCGUUGAUUAAUGCUUUUGGUGAAGAUAGAAGGGUUGUUGAAGCCUUCUCUGUGCUGCAGUUCAUGAAGGAGAAUGGUUUGAGGCCUGAUGUUAUAACAUACACAACAUUGAUGAAAGCUUUAAUACGUGUUGAGCAGUUUGAUAAGGUUCCUGUUAUCUAUGAAGAAAUGAUCACAUCAGGCUGUGCCCCUGAUCGAAAAGCUAGAGCAAUGCUGCGGUCAGCUUUAAGAUACAUGAAACACAUGAGGGUUGCAUAG